AUGGCUCAAGCGCGUGCUGGAAGUGUCGUCGGCGGUGCGUCUCCGCAUAGCAUCAGUCUGAAGGUGUUGAGACUAUCGCAUCCAUCGCUGUCGCCCGCGCAUACACUUCCCGGCACCGAUGCCGUCGCAAAUGCAUCGCUCCCUUAUCCACAAGCGCCAGCAGACACCUUUCCGCUGUCGCCGUUACUGGCACUGCCUCCCGCGUUUGGCGCUGCCUAUGUGGGCACCGUCUUCUCCUGCACUUUGUGCGCGAACAACGAAUUGCCGCCAUCAUCUUCUGUCGUCGUACGAGACGUCCAGCUAAGUGCCGAACUCCAAGUGCCGAGCGGCAGCAUUGCAUUGGCUCUCGAGGGCCCAGAUGCUGCAGAAGAACAAGAUAUCCAACCAGCGCAAACACUACAGCGCGUUGUACGGCACGAGCUGCGCGAGGAUGGUCCUCACGUCCUGGCUGUCACUGUCACCUAUCAAGAAACGCGAGAUGAUGCCACGAAUAAGCGGACAUUCAGAAAGUUAUAUCAGUUCGUGGCACAACCUGCACUCGGCGUAAGGACAAAGGUAGGCGAUCUUGCAGUCAAGAAAGACGUGCCAGACAUGCGCGGAUUCGUAUUAGAGGCCCAGCUCGAGAAUCUUACCGAGAAGUCAGUCGUGUUGGAGCGAGUCACUGUCAGCACGGCUGAAGGCCUGACGAGCAGGAGCCUGAACUGGAAUGAGGCUGACGACAGGCCGAUACUGAGUCCCCAGGAUGUCAUGCAAGUCGCCUUUACUCUUCAACAGAACCAGGGCGAGCAGCUGGACGAGAAGAAUGGCAGGACAGUCCUGGCGCAACUCCACGUUGACUGGAAGAGCCAGAAUGGGGAAGUGGGCAGCUUGACCACAGGUUGGCUGGCCAGUAGAGCUAGAUGA